AUGCCGCUAAGGUGCGAACAACGAGAAAGCACCGAGGAUAUAAUUAUUAUGCUAGAAGCAUUACUCAUGAAUUUAGGAAACAUUAUUGAUGAAAACAAGAUAGUCACCUUUAGCUCAACCAAAAGCGAAAGCAUAGAGAACGUGUUAUUCAGUAAAAUUAUCAACUGUAUACGAGAUAAGCUUGGAAAACUAGAUGUCAAGAUCAUAGUAUGCACCGGACAGGUAAAACAUCCCUUACCUAAUGAGAGAGCAGAGAUAUAUAUACAAGAAGCACAUUGUUCAGCAGUCGGAGGACACACGGGAGUUAAUAUAACAUUUAAUCGUAUUCGACUCAAGUCGAACUGGGAACAUCUUAAAGAGGACGUACUUAGUUUUAUACAACAAUGUGUUGAUUGCCAAACAAAAAAAUUAGUACGUGAAAAAACUAAACAGAAGAUGGUCGUCACCGAUUCUCCGCCAGUACCAUUUUUCAUAACUACAAUGGACAUUGCCGGACCGAUGCCAACAACUAAACUAAAUAAUCGUUAA